AAACAAAAAAAAAGCCUUAACACAAGCUCGUACGCAGCGAAUCUCUGCGCUGGGACAUACUGUACAUAAAAACAGGUGCCCUUGCACGACGCCGUGUGGUCCUCUAUACCAUCCAUCGCCGCCGGCCGGCCGGCCGUCGUGUAUUUAAAGACCCGCGAGCUCUGCCUUGCUGCAACGCAACCAGCUAGCUCACCAAUUCCACACGAGCAACCAGCUAGCCAGAGCUCAUGAUCAUCGCCAUGGCAGCCAUGCAAGGACCAGGAAGCAGAGCAACGCGUGUCGUCGCCGUCUCCCUCCUCCUCGUCGUCCCCGUCCUCCUGGCAAGCCUCGCCGGCGGGAGCCCGCCGCCGGACCCGGUAUCCUGCACGCGCGGCACGUCCGACUGCACGGUGACGAGCACGUACGGGUCGUUCCCGGACCGCACGAUCUGCCGGGCGGCGAACGCGACGUUCCCGCGGACGGAGCAGGAGCUGGUGGCGGCGGUGGCGUCGGCGGCGGCGGCGCGGCGCAAGGUGAAGGUCGCCACCAGCCACUCGCACAGCUUCCCGAAGCUGGCGUGCCCGGGCGGGCGCGACGGCACCAUCAUCAGCACGGAGCGGCUGAACGCGACGGUGCGCGUGGACGCGGCGCGCCGGCUGCUGACGGUGGAGAGCGGCAUGCUGCUCCGCGACCUCGUCAAGGUCGCCGCCGACAACGGCCUCGCGCUGCCGCACUCGCCUUACUGGUAUGGCCUCACCGUCGGCGGCAUGCUGGCCACCGGCGCCCACGGCAGCUCGCUGUGGGGAAAGGGCAGCGCCGUGCAUGAGUACGUGGUCGGGAUCAGGAUCGUCACGCCUGCCCCGGCGAGCCAGGGGUUCGCCGUCGUUAGGGAGCUCGCUGCCGGUGACCCUGACCUCGACGCCGUCAAGGUCUCGCUCGGCGUCCUCGGCGUCAUCUCUCAGGUCACUUUUGAGCUGCAGCCGCAGUUCAAGCGGUCGGUGAAGUUCGUGACCCGCGACGACGAGGACAUGGCGGAGAAGCUGGCCGUGUGGGGUGACCUCCACGAGUUCGGCGACGUGGCAUGGCUGCCGCGGCAGGGCAAGGCGAUCUACCGGGAGGACGACCGCGUCGACGUCUCCACCCCCGGCAACGGCCUGAACAACUACGUCGGCUUCCGCGCGCAGCCGACGCUGGUCCUUCUCGCCGCCCGAGAAGCCGAGGAGCGGCUGGAGGAGAACGGCACCGACAUCGCGCGGUGCCUGGCGGCGCGUCUCCCGGCGGCGACGUUCGAGCUGCAGGCGUACGGGUUCACCAACGACGGCGUCUUCUUCACGGGGUACCCAGUGGUAGGGUUCCAGCACCGGAUCCAGGCGUCAGGGACGUGCAUCAACGGCGACGACGACGACGGCGGCGGCCUCCUCCUCUCCGCCUGCACGUGGGACUCCCGCAUCAGAGGACCUUUCUUCUACCAGUCCGGCUUCAGCGUCGCCAUGUCCAAGGUACCGGCGUUCGUCGCCGACAUGCAGCGGCUGCGCGACCUCAACCCGCGCGCCUUCUGCGGGGUGGACGCCAAGAUGGGCGUGCUGAUGCGCUACGUGAGGUCCUCGUCGGCGUACCUCGGCAAGGCGGAGGACUCGCUGGACUUCGACGUCACGUACUACCGGAGCUACGACGAGGGCGUGCCGCGCGCGCACGCCGACGUCUACGACGAGCUCGAGCAGAUGGCGCUGCGGAAGUACGGCGCGCUGCCGCACUGGGGAAAGAACCGCAACUUCGCCUUCGACGGCGCCAUUGCUAGGUACCCCGGCGCGGCGAGGUUCAUGGAGGUCAAGGACAGGUACGACCCGGAUGGCAUCUUCUCCAGCGAGUGGAGUGAUCAGGUGCUCGGCAUCAGGGGUAGCCCCAACGUCGUCGGGCCGAGAUGCGCCAUUGAGGGACUCUGCGUCUGCUCCGACGACGAGCACUGCGCGCCGGAGCAAGGGUACUUCUGCCGCCCCGGGAAGGUGUACGCCGACGCCAGGGUCUGCGUCUUUGAGCGACGCACACGACUCGUCGACGAGCUCUGACGAAUGCAAGAUAGUAGAUCCAUUUUUUAAGCUAGCUAGCUACAUUGGUUGCCAUUGUCUUGUGUUUGAAAUUGAAUUGGUGUAGAUCGAACAGAGCAAGCAUCAUUUUGAUAGGGUGCAGCACAGGGCGGGACAGGGUAUGUGUGUUUACAAAUAAUGUGGUUUGUUGAAAUAUCAGAUCAGUGUGGAAUUAUUUGUAUUGUUUGAUUGGAAGCAUUUGAUCGAACGGCA